GGGCGGAAGUGACGCGUUUGUCUGUGGAAGCAGCCGCGUGGCCCCGGGGCGACAGUAGGAAGGAGGCUGGUACGAGCGCCCGGGGACGAUGGCAGAGAAGGUGCUGGUGACGGGUGGCGCCGGCUACAUCGGUAGCCACUGUGUGCUGGAGCUGGUGGCGGCCGGGUACGUGCCCGUGGUGAUCGACAACUUCCGCAACGCCAUCCGAGGGGAGGGCGGCCUGCCCGAGAGCCUACGGCGGGUGCAGGGGCUCGCGGGCCGCGAGAUCCUGUUUGAGGAGCUGGACGUGCUGGACGAGGCGGCGCUGCGGGGGCUCUUCGGGAAGCACCGCUUCUCGGCAGUAAUGCACUUUGCAGGGCUGAAGGCGGUGGGGGAGUCAGUCCAGAAGCCCCUGGAGUACUACAAGGUGAACCUCACGGGGACCAUCCGGCUGCUGGAGGUGAUGAACGCGCACGGUGUGAGGAACAUAGUGUUCAGCAGCUCGGCCACGGUGUAUGGGGACCCUACCUACCUCCCCCUGGACGAGAAGCACCCGGUCGGCGGCUGCACCAACCCCUACGGCAAGUCCAAGUACUUCAUUGAAGAGAUGAUACGAGACUUGUGCAAGGCUGAGAAGGGCUGGAAUGCAGUUCUGCUGCGCUACUUCAAUCCCAUCGGGGCCCAUGAGUCAGGAGACAUUGGAGAAGACCCACAGGGGAUCCCCAACAACCUCAUGCCCUAUGUUGCUCAGGUGGCUGUGGGGCGCCGGGAGUUCCUGAGUGUGUUCGGGAACGACUAUGACACUGUGGAUGGGACAGGUGUCAGGGACUACAUUCAUAUUGUGGACCUGGCCAAGGGUCACAUCGCUGCGCUGAAGAAACUUAAGGAGAACUGUGGCUGCAAGAUCUACAACCUGGGCACAGGCACUGGCUACUCCGUCCUGCAGAUGGUUAAGGCCAUGGAGAAAGCCUCCGGCAGGGAGAUCAAGUACAAGAUCGUGGCACGGCGGGAGGGCGAUGUGGCCACCUGCUAUGCAGACCCUGGGCUAGCUGCGCAGGAGCUGGGCUGGAAAGCUGCCUUUGGCCUCAACAAGAUGUGUGAGGACCUGUGGCGAUGGCAGAUGCAGAACCCCAUGGGCUUCAGCAAAAACUGAGGCCUGGCAGCCAGGAGGUGCCUCAGCCCAGGCAGCCACAGGCUUGGGGGAGGCUUCUGCCUCCUCCUGCCCCUCCCCCUCCCUCUGCCCAGUUCCUGCCCCACUCCAGCACUGCUCAGCCUUGGCCAGGGCCACUUCCAUUCCCCAGAGCCCACUGGGAACAGCCAGGAGCCUGUCUAGCUUGGGACCACAGUCAGUGUAGACUAACCUGGUGCUGUGCUCACUACCUGCUCCCCAG